GUAAGUCUCCAAUGAAAAAGAUAAUGCUCUGUCAAAAGAUAGGCUAGUUUUUUUUUCUUUUUCACUUUCCUUUUCUACAUCAUCCUCUCGUAAACGAAAGAAUUGUUUCGUCGACGUAGAUAAAUCCUGCCUGCGUGCACCUAUACGAACAUACGAAUUUGACGUCAUCGAUUCGGAGGACAUAAGAAGGAAGAACUACGGAUAAUUGUGCAAUGAUACUCUCGUCUACGCCCAGAUUUACUUUUACGUAUAUGUACCUUAUCGCUAAAGUAUUACCCUUUUGUAAACGGACAAAAGUGAAACUUUAUAAGCAAGUCGUCCAAUUUUUACGAAGAGUCUUUCGUUCAACUCGUUAGUGAGAAGUCAUUGUAAUGGAAUCGCCGAUCGUUAAUACAAUUUUAUUAACAUUUUUUUUAUUCCACGAUUAUAGUGCCAAUGGAAACGUGAGAGAAAUAAUUGUCAUUGAUAAGGAAGUGCCGGUAAAAAAUGGUGAAAUCGAAAGAGAAAUUGUUCCUCAAGAAAUUUAUCAACGAAAACCAUUGGAUAUUGAAAUUGAAACUUUUUGGGAUAACAGAAUUACUAUUGGUAUUUUUAAGGACGUAGGUUGUGUAAUUCAAACAAGAUCAUCAUCUUUCGAAGAAAAUCAUAAUUUCAGGUAUUGCUUGACAAAGGAGCUGUUUCACGUUAAGAAAGAAAAAGAUCCUUUUCUGCGCAUUAAUUUCACCGAUACAUUCACGAAAUUUGUAGAACAAACAACGGAAAAUUUCCUAAAAGUAAACAAAAUAAGCAAAGCUGAAAGAAAGAUAAAGAUUUUCGAUAAGAAUUGCAAGAUUCACCUUGACCUCUACUGCGACGACGUGGAGAACAACGGAACUUCUAAUUAUCGAGAGUGGCUUUUUAACGAAGUAAUAAUCGAUAACUACAACGACGAUGCGAAUUUUACGCACGAAAAAGAACUAAUUCAAAAAAUAAACAUCAGUGGAUACGAGGAAAUCAAAUUCGAUGUAAAUAAAUCGAUAGCCGGAAUUCGUAUCGUAGCGAACGGAAAUUUGUCUUGCAUUGGUAUUGACAUGCCAAUUGGCAGCAAGUGGUAUAAUACUGUGCCAAUAACGUUGUCGUUGGCACGAAGAAACGAUACGAACGAGGUGGAAAUCGUGGCGCUUAACGCUCCACCGGGUGGUUGGCUCUUGAAACUCACUGGGGAGGGAGCUUUGAAAUAUUCUUUUUACGUGAAAAAAAUUAAAAAAAAGAUCGAUAAAAAGGAUUCCAAGUUUGAUGAAGAUGGAAACUUUACGAGACAUCAUAAUGAUACCGAUUCAAAGUAUCGUAUCGGCUCGAAUGCGAGUUACGAAGACACUCAAAACAAAUUCGACGACGUCGAAGUCUUCGAUGAAACUUCGGAGGCUAGUCGACUAAUCAUCUUGGACGAUGUAUCGUCAGAAUUUUCAGAGACUAGAAGUAAACGAAACGAGGUCGAAAGGCACGUGGAAAAUUUGCAUGCUCCGUUAUCAUCGAUUCAAACUGAAGAAAGUGAAAAGAUUCGGUUGAAAUCGUUCAAUGAUCGAUCGAGUAAGAUCGUUUUUGAGAAUAACGACGUGCAACAGACGAAUGUCAACUUUUCAAAUGUAAUGAAAAAUGUUAACAAGCAAGAACAUUCAAAUGAAUUUGCACGAUUCGCUGAUGACGAAAAAGAAGAAAAGAGAAGGAUAGUUGUAAAAUUGAACGAAAAUAGCAAUCUUUUUGUGAGACCAGGAACGAUUCAUAGAAUAAUUUUUGAUGUAACGAAUAAUCAUUAUCAGACGAUUAGAUGUGAUUUCAAAGUUCGAAGCUUACCCCUGAUAGUUUUUAAUAUUCAACCGAUCUUCACGUGGAUUUUUGCUGGUCGAACUGUUCAUGUGUUCGUCGAUAUCGAAGUACCAAGAGGAACUAGUCAAGAUGUUAUCAAUACUCUAACAUUAUACGUGCAGGGUUCAGAAAUAAUGGAGAAAUCGGUCUAUCUCUAUGUUGAAAGCAACAUUCCAAACAUCGUCGACGAUACAAAGCCUGCUAUCGAAUACAUGUUCAACAAUAAUUGCGCGGGAAAAUUGGGUAAGGAAAAAUGCACGAAAUCUCGUUGGAGCGUCGACAUCAGAAUUCAAGAUUCUGAAUCCGGUCUCAAAAGUGUGAAAUCAUCUCCGAACGAAGUAUAUCCACGUAAUGAUUUCAUAAGUGGCACUCGAAAUCCAGUAACUUUUUAUUAUUCAGCUACUUGUUGUUCAACUCAGGCGAAAAUAACAGCAACGGACUUAAAAAAUAAUUAUAAUACGUAUAUCAUAGACGUUACAGCUUGGGACAAUUUAUCCGAAGGAGAGAUAGCAGCUAUUAUAGUCGGUGCAUUGUUAAUUCUUCUAUUAAUAAUUUUAAUUAUUGUACUUAUAGUUUUUUGUGUACGUAAAAGAAAGAGUCACGAUUUGCCUUACACACAACGAUACGGUUCACGAACACCCGCGCGAGCAGAAAGAACUAGCUUCUGAUUUCCUACUGUUAAUUGAAGCUUGCGUAAUUCUACAUUAUAUAAUACUAAUUUCUAAUUAUUUAUAGACAAACGCUAGAGUCAAAAUUGUUUUUCGUCAAGCGAAAAAUGCGACUCCAAUUAAUUAAUUAGACUUUUAUAAUUAAAUCAUUUUAUGUAAUUAUCUCUCAAAAAUGAAAAACUAGAUUCUAUAAAACUUAUUUUUAAACAAUACUUUUAUUUGAAGAAUAAAAUUUUCUACCAAUAAGUCUAAAAUUAAAAAAUAAUUAAUAGAAUAAGGAUCAGAAUCAGAAUUAAUUCUAGCAAACAAAUAUAAUGAGACUUUGGAAUGAAAAUAAAAAUAUA